UGAUAAUAAAUCAGGAUUUAUAUUUUUUGCCUCGACCGAGAGUGGUUCAUAGCUAGUGGCAGAUGCCUGGAUGAUAUUAAAGAUGGUAUUAGAGUCAUCAGAAGACGUAUGAUUGAUGAAGGAAGAGGAUUGAAUGGCCUCACCUGGGCGGGAAGUCGCGUGCCACCUGGCUCAGGGCUACACCCCCGUGGCACGUUCCUUUGUCGAGCAACAGUUGGCACUUCCUUAGGGUCGACCAACCGUCUUCUUUUCUCUUGUACCGCCGUCCAUUGUCGAGGGUACGUUACAGUUCUUGGAUCCGGAGGGGGGCUAAGGCUAUUGCGUGUACGACUCUGUCAUCAUAGCCUCUGUGUAUUGUACCAUUGUACUCUCAGUGAAAAGAAAAUAAGGAGCUUUCUUGAGUACCGAAUCAUCGCAGCACGCCAUGAAUCAAUCGAACCAAAACAUUCUCUAACAUCAAUCAAGACCUUAGCAGAAAGGUUCCUCCUACCUUCAACUGCCAAUAUAGAUUUUUCAUCAAGUGCAGAAAAGAAGGUGGCUUCCAACAAACAACAAACGGUUUUAAUAAAGAUGCUCGUAAACAAUCGGAAGCAAUCUAAGUUGGAGCCUUGUUCCUUACAAACUGGGCCCUGUGUUAGGAUUCCACAGGCUCCAUUGACUUCGGAGCUGACAAUGCUUCGAAGAUUCGAUGUAUUGGCAAUUAUCCAGAUAAGGAGUUCCCUGAAUAUUUCCUCCGGAAUAAGGAUUCGUUCGAGGAAGUACUGGGGAUCUCUGGAUGGGUGCCAAAGGAACAUUGGGCGAGAGAAGUGA